CUUACCUAAUCUUGAUAGGUAUUUAAAUCACCAUUUGGAUGAGACCUCGUAGGCGCCGAUCUGUGAGUCCCACCGUUCCCUCGCUAUAAGCUCAUCUUCAAGGCGAUUGAGCCGUCGCGAUGCCGUCGGACCCAUCGUGUCAGACCCCGUCCCGGGGUUCGUCUCGGGGAACCACCCGGCCCCCUCCGUCGAGCCAGUCUAGCUCGUUGCUCGUCCCGUCCGCUACCCGCGGCCCAAUGCAUUCCACACCCAGCCGUAGGCAUACCGCCACCCCGUAUUCCAAGUCGACAGACAGGCGACAGCCGAGAGACUCGAGCCGCGUGAGCUCCGGGGCCGCCAUGUCAUCGCACCUCUCCUCUCCCCAACUUCCGCCGCACCCUCGUCGACAGAGGCUGUCCCUGCGUCUGCCGUCUAGCCGAGCGUCGUUAAACAGUCUAAGCCGCCGUUCUGGGGACGACGAAGACGACUCGCGGGAGAACGGUACGUCGUUGUCCAGCGAAGAGGCCGAUGCGACAGGGGAAAUCAUUAUGGCAAUCGAUAUGAAAGACAAUGAAGGCGUCGGGUGUGCUUAUUACAUUGCUGCGGACGAGAAAUUGUUUCUUCUCGAGGAGGUAGCCGCGCUAGGCAUCGAUCUCGUAGAGACACUGCUUAUCCACGCAAGCCCUACUACCGUCCUCAUAUCUGCGAGGGCCUCGGAGACACUGGCAGCCUACCUGGCCGAUAAGGCCCAAGGGGUUGACGGAAGCCAAGGUGGCUUGCAGAGCGCUUAUAUCCUGCGGACACUCAAUUCUGCCGACUUCCGGUACGACAGCGGCAAGGAGAAGUUGCUGGGAUUAGAUCUCGGGACGCCUAAUCGCCAGAGUAUCCUAUACACGUCUGUUGUGGACGACGCGGUGGGCGAUGUCGACAGCUCCGAUGGCGAACGGAACUCGAGACAGGGUCGCCUCAUGCGCCUCGCGACUUCGAUCAACCUCGAUAGUCUCCUAACAGUUUAGUCGGC